CAUUUUUAUUUUAUUUUGGCCUUUGAAAGGUGGUGCUUUUCCAGCCCCCUAGACCGAAGGGAGGUUCCGCCCUUGGGCCGCCCGUUCCCAGAGUGAACAUCCUUCUGCAAGCUCUCAUUGGCUUCCUCUGGUCGAGCCCCCCAUAACCCUGGUAACAGCCUCCGCCCUGGAGUUGCCAGUCCCGGAUUGGUCCGUAGCGCCCAAGUUCAACAGCGAGCUCUUUAGGCCUUUGGCCUGAGUCAUUGCGAAGCUGGCGUGGUGAUUGGCGAGCUUGGACGUCAGUCAGCCGGAGGCGGGCCUAGUGUGGGAAAUGGCUGCCGCGUGGGCCGGUGGUUGAACGGUCUCGGCAGCGGAGGCGUGAAGCUGAGUCGCAGCGCCUAGCGCAUGCAGCUCCCACCGGUGGGAGGUGGAAUUCGGCUCCGCUGGGCUUGAACACGAACCUCAGCCUCCCGCGUUCCCCACCCCGGCUCAGGCCCAUCUGGAACAGUAGCUAAAACUACAGUCUAGCAUCGCAUGGACCUAUGUUGCCCUUGAGAAACUUAGGGCUUCCCUGACGGCAGUUCUGCAGAGGAAGUGUCCUAGCCUGGGCCUCAGACAAUUCCCAGCCCCUCCAUGGCCCUCAUAGUGCUGAACGGACUUCUUAUCAAGGACUCAAGCCCACCUAUGCUGCUACACCAGAUCAGCAAGACUCCUCAGCUCGAUGCCUUCAACUACCAGAGCUGCUUCAUGCAAGACCUCUUUGCUCACUUCCCUGAGGUCUUAUUCAUACACCGGACCUAUAACCCACGAGGCAAGGUGUUAUACACCUUCUUGGUAGAUGGACCCCGGGUACAGGUUGAGGGGCCUCUUGCCCGAGCCGUGUACUUCGCCAUUCCUAUCAAUGAAGAUGCCAAAGGCCUGACCCAGAUGUUCCAGGUGUUCAAGAAGUUUAACCCAGCAUGGGAGAGAGUCAAUACCAUUCUGGUGGACCCCCACUUCCUCCUGCUGCCUACCCUGACCAUGGAGUUCCCCACUGCUGAGGUCUUGCUCUCAGCCUUCCACAUCUGUAAGUUCCUCCAGGGUAAAGUCUAUCAGCUGUCGCUGGAGCAGCCUGUACAAAGUGUGCUUCUAUCGUCUCUGCAGAGCACAAUGUGCUCAGCCACGGCUGGCAACCUGCGGAAGCUGUACACACUGCUAGGCAACUGCGUCCCCCCCAGCAGGCUGCCUGAGCUCCACCCUCACUGGCUGCUCAAUGACCGCAUCUGGCUGACCCAUCGCUGGAGAAGCAGAGCCCAGAGCAACCGAUACUUUCAGAGCCUGGAAGUCACAGCCCACAUCCUCAGCCAGCUUUUUGGCGCCACACCAUUUGAGAAACAAGGCAUGGCAUCUGUGUUCCGAUACAUGCAACAGAACCCUUCAGACAAAGCCAGCCUCAGCCUGGCUGUGACUCCCCAGGACAGUCACACUCCUUCAGAUACCAGCCCUGAAAGCCCCAACACAGAGCAGCUGGUGGAAGCCCGUAUCCAGCACUCCCUCAACGCCAUCUGCACAGGGCCAGCAGCCCAACUCUGCCUAGGUGAGCUCGCCGUGGUCCAGAAAUCCAUGCACCUCAUUGGCUCUGGCUCAGACAAAAUGAACAUCCAGAUUCUGGAGGACACGCACAAUGUACAGCCCCAGGCCCCUGCCAGCUGCAGCUGCUACUUUAAUCAAGCCUUCCACCUGCCCUGCCGCCACAUCCUAGCCAUGCUCAGUGCCCGCCACCAGGUGCUCCAGCCGGACAUGCUGCAGGCUCAGUGGACCUCAGGCUGUGCCAACAGCCUGGACAGCAUCCUGGGCAGCAAGUGGAGUGCCACCCUUGACAAGCUCCUGGCUGUGACUCUCCUCACUGAGGAGGUAGGCCGGCUCUUACAGCACUGCAGCAAGGAGGAAUUUGAGCGUCGAUACAGCACUCUUCGGGAACUAGCCGACAGCUGGAUCGGCCCUUACGAGCAGGUCCAGCUCUGAUCACACACAUGCACACCCAGUGCUGGGAAUUGAACCUAGAGCAGUACAUACAUUAGGCAGUUACUGCUCUACCAUUGCCUCUUCUCAUUUCUUAUUCUGAGAUAGCCUCUCACUAGGUGCCCAGGCUGGCCUAAAACUCAGUACAUAGCUGAGGCUGGCCUUGAGCUCCUGAUCCUCUAUCUCCCAAGUGCUGACCUCUUUUUAUUUUGAGAUAUUCUCACUAGGCUUCCAGGCUAGUCUUGAACUCACUCUGCAGAUGGCCUGACUUUGAACUUUUGAGCCUCCUAACUAGCCUCCUGAAUAAGUGAGAUUAUAGACCUGUGUCACCAGGCCCAAUGUCUGAUGAUGUGAUGCCCUGAAACGUUCAUGUACACAUGUACCUUCACAUCCUCCCCUCUACACACUCCAGCCUCCUGUCUAGAACGUGUGAAGCUCCAUAGAACAGAAGUCAGAAAAUCUUUUCCAUUAAGGGCCCGGUAGUAAAUAUUGUGGACUUUGAUGGUCUCUGUUCUGCAGUCUGGCUUCAGUUUUGACAACUUUUUCAUAAGGAAAAAUUAUUUGUAGCUCAAGAAAUUUCUGAAAAUGGGUGAUUCCUUCAGAGAGAUGCUGGGUGAUAAGGCUGAAGGUUCAGUGUUGAUAACUACUGCCCCAGUCAUGAGAUGGUUUACGUGACUCUGGCCCGGGAGCCUUCCCGCAAAGGAAGAGGCUGCUAUGGUGGGUCUGCCAAGCAUCCCACUUUUCCUGUCCCACCCUGGGAUUAAUAAAAUGAAUGUUGUAUGCCCA